CUCUCUCCCAUAGUUCACAAAAGAGGGGAAAAAAAAAUAAGAUGAUGAAUGUUUUAGCCAUUUCUCUUGUACUAACCACACUUGUAACAGCAGGGGUCUUUACUCCAGACCCUGAAAAGAAAGAAGAAGUUAUAGUCAAAGAAGGUCAUCGAGUUGUAGUUGUUGAAUAUGAACCAAAUGAUGGGAACACCAAGGUCUCAAUUUCCCCACAAGAAACUGAACAAAAGGCAAAAACAGGUUAUGUUUCAGAUGUCAAAGACAAAUUAACAGUUAAGGCAGAGGAAGUUAAAGAAAAUGGAGCGUUUCAUAGGCCUAAUGCUAGAGAACUUGUUUGUGAUGCAUUUGGAAAGUGUAAACAUAAGAUAGCAAGUGCACUUGGAGGAACCAAAGACACUGUUUCUGAAAAAGCCCAUGAAAUUCAAGAAGAUGCAAAAGAGGUUGUUGGUGAUGCUUAUGAAAAGGUGAAAGAUACUGUUGUUGGCAAAGCACAUGAGGCUACAGAAAAGGCAAGUGAAGUCAAAGAUACUGUUGUUGGCAAAGCCCAUGAGGCUACAGAAAAGGCAAGUGAAGUGAAGGAAAGAGCCAAAGAAUCUGUUGGCAAGAAAGUUGAUGAAGUGAAAGAAAGUGCUAAACAGACUGCUGAGAAAGUGAAAGAAAGAGCAGUUGACACAACAAAUACACUGACAAGUCAUUUGAUGAGGAAUGCUUCAGAAGAUCUUGAUAUCAUAGAAGAAAAGGCUAAAGAAGCAAAAGAUGCAGUUAAAGAAGAUGCAAAUAGGCUUAAAGUGGAAGGCAAAAGGGACUAUCAUGUAAUUCGCAGGUUCUUUUCAGAUGUGUUGGCAUACAUGCUCUCAGCAAAGAACUUUCGUUCCUUAAUGGGAAUGAUUCAUUUGCUGGGAUUUGCAUUGUCUUAUGGGGUUUGUAUUUGGGUGACAUUCAUAUCGAGUAGUCUUUUGGCAAGAACUUUGCCUAAGCAGCAAUUUGCAAUGGUGCAAAGCAAGAUUUACCCUGCUUACUUCAAGACUAUGUCUUAUGGCAUAGCCUCAUUGUUUUUGGGGCAUUACUUGAGCCAGACCCAUCGAUAUUAUGCGAAUUGGACAGAAAAAAUUCAGGGUUUGAUUUUUCUGGCCUCAUUCGCCAUGACUAUGUGCAAUUCCUACUUCUUGGAGCCUCGAGCCAGUAAGGUGAUGAGAGAGAGAAUGAAACUGGAGAAAGAGGAAGGGAGAGGGGAAGAUGUAUUCAACAUAGAACCAAGCACUUCAAGUGUGGAUGCUUUCGUGGAUCCCACAGGCAUUAAAACAGGGAUACAGACAACUGGUGAACCUGUUGAAACACGACAAGAGUUGUCAGAGGAAGCAGCAAGAGUGAAACCUCGAGUUGGAAGAUUGAGUCAGACACUGAAGAAGCUGAAUAUGAUUUCAUCAUUUCUCAAUGUACUCACACUAAUGGCUCUUACUUAUCACCUGGUCUAUCUUAGCCAACUCGUGCAUUCCAGCAGUUACUAGUACCGUCUCAUGACAUCAACAAAGCCAGCCAUCUAGUAGUGUCCCCUCUGUAAUUUUUUGCAUGUAAAAGCAUAUACUCUUAAGUCUUUAAUUUUUUUGUGCUUACUUUUUUCAGAGUUUAUUCUUGUACUUGAUUGUGUAAGAAUUUUAAUUCAAACCGUACGUCAGUUUAUCAUUAUGAUGGUGAUGUUGCAAAACAAGUUGAUCAGCGCAAAUCUGGUACGACAAAU